AUGCGAGUCUUGGAGCGAUUAUUUUGGCGGUCUGAGCGAGCGGGGCGACCGCAGGGUUCGUCCCUGGACCAAGUGCCCGGAAACGAGUCUCAAGCGUUAGGGGACCUGUCUGGGGAACUGGAACACCCCAGGUCAGGGUUUCGAGACGAGCUCGCGGUUCGAGAUUCCACACAUGCCCACAGCGACAACAGUGGCGGCACCGGCACCGAUCGUGCUAUACCAGCGUUGUCGAAAAGACUCAGUGGUGGUGGUGCUUCCGGCGAAAGCACCACCAUGGUGCGUGCUUUUCCUGAGCACCAACGUCUGAAAGCAUUCCAGGAGCUCGAGUGCCUUGCCUUUGACGAGAAAGGCAACUUUGAGAGGCGAGCGGUCUCCCGACUGGAGCUCCUUCGAGCAGCGCGCUCUGUCCAGUCUGCCCUGAUCGACUAUCCGCCGUUGCUCAGCGAUUCGGGCGAUGACCUCAGCCAGGAACAAAUAGCGAAACUGAUGAAACGUCGCCAAAAGCGGAUACAUGAAUAUAGACAGAACUUUCUGCAGAUUCGGGAUCUGCGUCAGAUUGAUCCGAGUUUCGCCUCGAAGACAGCGCUUUGGGUACGUCAGAACGUACUUAUUAUCAGCUUGUUGCAUAUUCGGGCACUAAUUUUUGCAGAUCGUCUUCUGCUUUUCGACCCGGACGCACCGGAAGUGCAAGAGACCUCGUUGGUGAUUCGAGAACGGCUGCGCUCGGUGCCGGUCGAUCGUGAUGUCUACGCGCCGUUCGAGUUCCGUGCGCUGGAGGCUUGCUUCAUAUGCGUUUGUAACGCCCUGGAGCGAGAGCUCGGUGCGUUUGAGCCUUACUUGAUGCAGCUUUUGGAAGAUCUCUCUCGAGAGUCUACCAUGCAGAAGAUUGAAUCACUGCGAAUGCUCAAACUACGCUUGAACGGAUUUCUAGCGAAAGCACAGGAUAUUCGUCAGACGCUCAAGUCGGUACUGGAUGAAGAUGAAGAUAUGGCCCGACUCUAUUUGACUGAGCUCCGAAAGCAGCAUGGCAAACCGCGUACGACUGAGGAUCACGAAGCUGCCGAGCAGCUACUCGAGUCGUAUUUGCAGUUGGUGGACCACGUUCACAACCGAGCUGAGCUCCUCGACGCAGCCACAAGCGAUACGGAGGAUCUCCUGAGUAUCCAGUUGGACGCGAUGCGGAAUCGACUGCUUGUUCUCGAUAUGUCGAUUAGUGUGGUCACGGGCGCCUUCAGCUGGGCGGAUGUCGUCAUCGGGCUUUUUCACAUGAAUUUGCAGCUUCCAAUCUAUGGGGAGAACGGCGGUAGUGUCGGCUGGUUUAUCGGUGUAGUUUUUGUGAUGCUCGCCUGGGCACUCCUGCUUGUGGCCAUCAUGUUCACUUGGAUUCGACGCUCGGGUCUUUGGCAUGCGUAA